UCCCCGCCAUUUCGUUCUUGCCGUUUGAAGAUUAGAGACGCUUGUUAUUGCACGUAGAUUUUUCUUUUGGAAAUCCAAUUGAAUUAUUUGAAAGCAAUAUAUUUCCCUUUAAAAACAUAGUUUUGAAUAAUUCUUUUGGCUUAGUGCUAACUAAUUUAUAUAUUUCUUUUUACUAAAUUGAAUAAAUUAAACUUCAUAAUGCCGGCAACUAGAUCCCGAACAAGCAGCGCUGAAGUUGCAGUUGAAGUCAGCAAAGAUAGUCCUAAAAAGGUAGUUAAAGCUGACGAACCAGUUCCUGAGGAAGCUUCUAAAGUAGAAAAGGUUGAUGAAGUAGCUGAAGAAGUAAAAGCUGAAGCCGAUUCUAGUGUAGAAUCGUCAGAAAAGAAUGGUACAGUCGAGGAAGCUUCUGAAGAGAAGAAACCCGACGAAGAGUCGAAGUCAGAAAAUGGAGUGACUUCUGAAGAGAAAACAGAAACAGAAGACAAACCAGCUGCUGAGGAAGAAGAGAAAGAAAAUGGAGAAGCAGCUGCCAAGGAAACUAGUGAAGCCGAAGAAGCUCCAGCUAAGGAAACAAGCGAAGCCGAAGAGGCCAAAAUGGAAACCGAUGCUGCUAAGGAAGACGGAGGUGUGAAACGCAAGGCUGAGGAGGAGGAGAAGGAGGAAGCGGAUAGUAAUGUUAGUCCUAAGAAGGCAAAGGUCGACGAAGCCAAGGAGGAACCUGAAGCCAAGAAAGAGGAGGAAGUCAGUGCAUAAACUAUCAAAUGUGCAUAGGGACCAUCAUUUUGUACAUUGAUUUUUUAAUUUAAUUUUGUAUAUGAGUGGGUGGUUUUUAUUUUCAUUUGUAAUGGAAAGCACAAGUGGCUAGUAGUGCACAGCCGACUUAUUCAUCUCAGAUGGAUAUUGCAUUUAAAGUUAUCAAGGAAGAUCGGUACAAACAUCGAUAAAAUGAAUAUUUUGUGGUUGUAAUUUUUGCAUUUGAUUAGCAUUUAUGUUAAAAUUUCAAUUCAACUUUUUCUUUUUCCUCAUCAUAUUCAACAACAUUGCUGUAAACACACUUUUCAAUGGUAAUUGUCCAGAAUGUUAUCACUUAGUCAUUUUUGUUCAUUUUCAAUAAUCAUUGUACCAUUGUCUUCCGUCAUUUGAUAAUUAAAAGUUUUUGUUUGUUGUAAA